AAAUCUGGCAACCUGGCAACGCUGGUAGCAGUAAAUAAAUCUGUGUAAACAUUAAAAGUGUUUAAAUCAUUUUUUUCCGUAUUACUUUUUGAUAAUACGUGAGCUCACAUUACUGAAUCUAGUUUAUCGCGCUAGAAGCAUAUCAAUACGCUAUUAUGGAAGAUGACUACGGAGGCGCCACAGAUUCACCCAAACGCGGACCAACUCUAUCGACUUCGACGUCAAGUUUUGAACCAUUCGAUGCUCAUGAUCCUAACUUGUCCAGACUAGCUACUAAAAUGUUCCAGAAAACUGGCGAAUACAUUUCAUAUGAGCUAAGUUCUACUGUGGAAGAUUACAAACUUAUCGAAAACAUGAAUAAAGCAAUGAUGGGAAAAGUUGUUGAGAUGAAACAGAUGUCCGAGUCGAUUACUGCGAAGAAUAAUGAAUUGAACCAAAAAUACGAAGAACUGAAACCACUGCUGAAAAAAAUAGAAGAUAUUGAAUCCACUGUGGAUAAACUAGAAGCUGCAGCUUAUCAGCUCGAUUCGUAUACCGUGCGGUUAGAGAACAAAUUUAAAGCACUAAAAGCUAAGAAGUAGUAAUAUCUUAGUACUAUGAGUAUUUCUCUACAUUCGUGCUAAUCAGAGAAUGAUCUGAUCAAAUAAGUUUAAAUGUUUUAGUGUAGGGUUUUGAAAUUUUCUUUUUUCUUAUUUUUAUAAUUUACAUUGAUUUUACAACUUCAAUUCAUACCAAAAUGAUAGAGUUAUUUUCAUUCGUUUGUAAGAAAAAAAAUUGUUAUAUUAUCCUAACACUAACUUGAACAUUAUCGCUAGGAUAUUGAACAAUAUCAGCGGUACUGAAAUCAAAAAUCAUAGUUUAAUUGUUGAGAUAAAUCGGCAAGCCUUCGAAAGUUACCUUUUGCUACCGUUCGAAUGGAUCGUACCAAAUUUAAAACCUGAUCCUUCAUAGAUUGUGGUUCUCCGAAGCCAUGGACCUGAGCGGAAGCAGCACCCCAUCCAACUAUGAAAACACAACGUUAAUGACAUAUGAACCCAAAAAUUAAACUACCAGACUUCAUGCCAAGUACGAACUUACAUUUUGCCAAAAAUCGCUGCUCAUGCAAAAUACACACCGCAUUCAAACACAGCAACGAUGCUUCGAUAAGAUUCCACAGAGUAAA